CCUACCACGACCUCCGCGAGAUCCACAUUCCAGGCACAGACCCGUUUAGAGUUCUUUGUUGUUCAUACCAGGAUUAUGGAUCUAAAUGGAUGAGAGUUUAUAAUAAACGUGAUUCUUCAAAAAUAUUCAAUCGCACGUAUGAGGAUUAUGAACGUGGACUUGGAAUUGUCGGAACUGAUAUAAGGGAUGAGUUCUUCAUUGGCCUCAAAAACCUGCACCUACUGAUGAAUGGAAAACCCCAUGAAGUGAUGGUAGACACCAAUGCAUUUAAUAGGAAAAUAUGCAACCACUUUGUUUUGGGCAGUCAAAACGAAGGAUAUAUGCUGAAAAGUAUUGGCAAUUGUACUGGAAACGCCAAUGUGUUGUUCCCUAAGCAGGGCUCCACAUUUUCCACCUUUGAUCGAGACGAGGAUGGAUUUCCUGAUCGUAAUUUGGCCCAGGAAGUGGGCUUUGGCUGGUGGUUCGAUCCUAGUAUGAGUAACAUCAGGGACGACUACGAUUUCAUAAGAGUGUACAUUCGAAGAAAAGAUUGAAGAAAACAAACCGGACAGAGAUGAAACUAAAACGGCCUUGGAAAAGGGAGCAUUUCAAGAAAAUCUAU